UCACUCACGAGUAUCUCCGAUCUCGAAGCAGCUGACAACAAAUAAAUGAAUAUUGAGAACGAUCUGAAUAAGAAAAUAGUGCUUUAAUUUGUAAGACGCGUAGACGAUCUUUGGACUGAAUUUAAGUAUCUGGCGAAUGUUCACGUGACAUCAAGAUUGCAAAACAACACCACUUUUCUCAGUUAGUUGGAACGAGGUCAACGAAGAUGGAAGGAAAGUCGACGGAAAAUGUGCGUGCGCGAAAAUAGAACGCAUCCGCUGUGAUCAGACAAUAUUUUUAUAACCUAAGUUACGUUGCGAGAUUUUAACUCAAUUGACAUUAUGAGCGACGUCGACGGUAAAACGGUCGGUGGGAGCGUCGGCACGUCGCCGCUACCAGCAGAAAAAUUGCCAGAAUGUUGGAAUCAAGAGGAAAGAAUGAGCGCGUUGUUUUCGCCGUUUCGCAGUAAAUCUGCCAACCCGCAGGAUUGGAUCUCUAAAUACAAGUUCUGGAACGAUCUGAUAUACGAGCGGUUGAAACACACCAUGCAAUGCAGUUUUACUAUCGUCGACUUGAACGAAGCCUUCAAGAGAAGGGGCUGCGCGCCGCUCUGUCUGGCUACCGUGAUUGAGGAGCUUCUAAGAAAUAACGAGAUAAUUCAAGAGACUGACUUUUUUAAAGAACCGUGCGAAACAUGGACAGCAUGGUCAAUCGACAUAUUUGUGAAAAAACCAAUUACCUGGUCGUUUUCCAAAGUGAAGACGUACGUUGUAGGCCAAAAGACAAAUAACACAGAAGUCAGAUACGUACAUCUGCGAAUUGUGCAAGAAUUAGGUGAUGUUAUCCUUUCCAUUGCCGAAGUUAGAAAGGAUAACGUUUUGUUCCCGAUAUUGGAGAUAGUAGAAUAUUGCAAGAGCAAAACAAAGAAGCAGAUUUCGGAGAAUGCAGUGAGAUUAACCCUGGAGUGGUUAAGACAUAGGAAAAAGGUGGCUUUUAAGAAGAGCUCCAAUCCAAAUGGUGACGUACUGGUUAAAAUUGCCGUGAAAGCGGCAAAUGAAAUUACAGAGGUGGAAGAAGGCAUGUAUAAACUGAUAAAACAGGAAAAUGAGCUAAUCAAGGAAAUAGAGCUUAUGGAGCAAGAGAAGCUUAAUAUUAUUAAUGAAGCUAAAAUGUACUUGGGGAAAGAGUUGCGUCAGCUGGCAAAAACGCGAUUAAGGAGAAAAAUGGAAUUGGAAAAGACUAUAGAAAAGCGCGCGCAAGCCCUUGCGAAUCUGCGCGUUCUCAUCACCAAUAUUGAAGACGCGCAUUCCAACUCUGCUGUAUUAUCUGCUUAUAAAACUGGGUCCGAUGUAUUGAAGAAAAUGGGACAAAAUGGUUUAACGGAAUAUGGCGUUCGAGACAUUAUGGACGACAUUAAUGAGGUUUUAGAGGAGAACAAAGAGAUAGAUACAGUUUUAUCUGAAACCCUAAACAACGCAGACUCUGAGACCGAAUUGGAAAGGGAAUUAGCGGAAUUGUUGGACGAGGAUGAUGUAGAAGUUUCCACCGCAGUUCCUGAUGCAAAUCCAGAGAUUGAAAAAUUGAAGCAACGUUUGCAAGACUUACGUAUGGAAGGUUUGGUUUCACCCGGCAAAGAUGUAGCUGCACUACCAUCUGUACCAUCCAAUAAAGAAAAUGCACUAAAGGAAUCCGAGUGCUUGUAAGUUGCAAUAGUCAAUUUAUAUGAUUAUACAACAAUUUCACAGAAUCAUUCGUCUCCCAUUUUUAAAAAAUGUUUUAUUGUAGAUAUUGUGUCAUAUAGUGAAAAAUAUAUUUAAAUGUACAUUAUGUAUA